AUGGAAAUUAGCAAGGCCUUAAACCAGCUCUCCCGUGGCAAAACCCCCGGCCUUGACGGCAUCCCGGGCGAGCUCUUCCGACAAUACAAGACCCGCUUCGCCCCCGCAUUUCUCUCACUCUUCUCCUCACCGCACAUCUCCGCUACCCUCCCGCCGUCAAUGCUGUCAGGCCGCACAGUCCUUAUUCCCAAGAGGGGUAGCUCCUCUAUGAUCGACAACCUCCGCCCUAUCACCCUCAUGAACUCGGACUACAAGGUCACGGCCUUCUCCCCUCCAUCGUCACUCUCAGUCUCCCUUUACCAUGUCCUGCCCAACCGAUUCAUCGUCCGACCGUCGAUCGGAGAUGGCACCCUCCACAUAGAAGCAGCUGCUUUGCUCGCUACUUUUCCUACCCACCCCAAUUUCUUCUCUAGCUAUUUCUCCUCCCACCCCGCCGUCGCUAGCACCUCCCACCCAGCCGUCGCUCUCCCUCCCAUUCCCGUAUCCUCUUCCUCACUUUUCGCCGUCACCUCUCCCUCCCACUCCGCCAUCGCCUCUUCCUCCUACCUCACAAUCACUCCGUCUCACCCCGCCAUCUCCUCUCCUUUACCUCCCCGCCGUCGCCUCUCCCUCCUCCCCGCCGUCGCCUCUCCCUCCUCCCCGCCCUCGCCUCUCCCUCCUCCCCGCCGUCGCCUCUUCCUCCUCCCCGCCGUCGCCUCCUCCUCCUUCCCGCCGUCGCUCUCUCUCCUCCCCGCCCUCGCCUCUCCCUCCUCCCCGCCGUCGCCUCUCCCUCCUCCCCGCCGUCGCCUCUCCCUCCUCCCCGCCGUCGCCUCUCCCUCCUCCCCGUCGUCGCCUCUUCCUCCUCCCCGCCGUCGCCUCUCCCUCCUCCCCGUCGUCGCCUCUCCCUCCUCCCCCCCGUCGCCUCUUCCUCCUCCCCGCCAUCGCCCUCCCUCCUCCCCGCCGUCGCCCUCCCUCCUCCCCGCCAGGUGCCCGGAGCGCAAGCGCGGAUUGGUGCGCAAUCGCGGGUUGGUGCGCAAGCGCGGGUUGGUGCGCGAGCGCGGGUUGGUGCGCGAGCGCGGGUUGGGGGAGGGGGAGGGGGAGGGGGAGGGGGAGGGGGAGGGGGAGCGCGUGAGGGAGCGCGUGAGGGAGCGCGUGAGGGAACGCGUGAGGGAGCGCGUGAGGGAGCGCGUGAGGGAGCGCGUGAGGGAGCGCGUGAGGGAGCGCGUGAGGGAGCGCGUUAGGGAGCGCGUUAGGGAGCGCGUGAGAGAGAGAAUGCACGGGGAGGGGGAGGGGGAGUUGGAGGGGGAGGGGGAGUUGGAGGGGGAGGGGGAGUUGGAGGGGGAGGGGGAGAGGGAGAGGGAGAGGGAGCGCGUGAGGGAGCGCGUGAGGGAGCGCGUGAGGGAGCGCGUGAGAGAGCGCGUGAGGGAGCGCGUGAGGGAGCGCGUGAGGGAGCGCGUGAGGGAGCGCGUGAGGGAGCGCGUUAGGGAGCGCGUUAGGGAGCGCGUGAGAGAGAGAAUGCACGUAAGAGCCGUGCAGCCACGCGUAGCGAUAUGUCUCAUUGGCGGGGCCCGUCACUUUGAGCUCACAGCGUCAUCUCUCAAACGGCACGUGCUAUCAGCAUACCCAGCAUCACACGUGUUCAUCAUCGCAUCUCUGGAUGGGGACGCCAAGAAGCUCGCACUGCUGGCGGCCCAUCCCGCUGUGGUGUCUGUGUCUGUGAGGCGGCAAGUGCCGAUCAAUGAGAGUCGCUUCCCAACUCACGUCCUCGCGGUGCCCAGUGUCCAGGUGGGUGGGGGUGCGUGGGGUGUGGCCUUGCAUGCGCUUCAGGUGUGUGUGGGCGCAUGCGAACAGAUAUUCGUGUGUGGUGCGGUAAGUCAUGCAGUAAAUCAGCAUUCACAUGUUUCCAUGCAGCCACUAGCCUUCAAGGCUCAUCUCUCUCCCAGGCACCAUUCUCAUACUUCUCCACCCCAAUUCUGCCCUCCCUUUGCUGAGCCAUCACACAGCCUGUCAUCCCUCCACCAGCUCGCACGGGCCAACCUGUCCCAUCUAAAUGGGGAGAAAGCCCUUCAGCACCAGCUGCGGCUGCAAGGCAUAGCAGCCACGGCCUCUCCCCUGCCCUUCUGUGUGCUGUCCUUUCGCCGGAAGCUCUUCAACGGCUACGUCUUUGCACCGCUUCGUUCUGAGGAUGCUGCUGAUGGGGUCUCAUGUCGGCCGUGCCAUCCCAUGCCCAUGGAUGGGAGGUGCAACCCGUGGCGAGGGUACGAGCCAGGCUGGCAGCAUAUCUUCCUGGAAGGUGCAUCAGCGGAGGAGAAAAGCACCCUGAAGAUAACAUGCGAAGCUGCUGGGACCAAAGCAGCAGCAGGAGAGGUGACCGACGCGACAUUCAAGCAGCUGGUGCUUGAAAGCAGCACGCCAGUGCUGGUGGACUUCUGGGCUCCCUGGUGCGGCCCGUGCCGCAUGAUCGCGCCUCUGAUUGACGAGCUGGCAGUGCAGUACGCAGGCAAGAUGGCGUGCUACAAGCUCAACACGGACGACAGCCCUGGCGUGCCCACCGAGUAUGGCAUUCGCAGCAUCCCCACCGUGCUGGUCUUCAAGGGCGGCCGCAAGGUGGACGCGGUCAUUGGGGCAGUUCCCAAGGCCACCCUCGUCGCCACUGUUGAGAAGUACCUGUAA